AUGCAUUGCAUAGCAAGAAAUAAUGUUUUUAUAGUGAGUAAUUACCUUGGAGAAAUGAACCAUAUUUGUCAAUAUUGUGGUGCCAAAAAAUUUUUAAAUGAAACACAUUUUCUGUGCUGCCAUUCUGGAAAAGUUGCGUUAGCUCCACUUUCGCCUUAUCCACUGCUCAUGCACAAUAUAAUGACAGGCAACCAUGUUGAUCGUGCUAUGAAUCAAAAUUUCUUCAAGCAUAUUCGAAGUUAUAAUGCCUGUUUAUCUUUUGCUUCAUUCACAGCAAGAAUAGCUCCUCCGUCUGAUCAUGGGCCACCCUGUUUUAGGAUUUGCGGACAAAUUGUGCAUCGUGUUGGUAAUCUGAAACCUGAUCAAAAUGUUCUGCCUGCAUAUUGUCAGUUAUAUUUUUAUGAUCCUAAUACUGCUUUAAAUUUUCGAAUGGAGCAAAAUGAUUGUUGCAUACGUGAGUUGAUGGAAUUUUUGCAGACUAUAAUUAGUCAAGAGAACCCAUUUGCUCUUGCAUUUAAAAACAUGGCUGAAAUUGAAGAUGAAGAAGUACGUCAAGCAGCUUUAGAAGGUCGACCAACUUCGAUUGUUAAAAUGUCAUUGCUUGAAGAUGGUGAUAGACGUCGAUACAAUCUUCCUUCACAUGAGGAAGUUGCCAUUGUUUUUGUUGGGGAUGAUGGUGCUCCACCUCCAUCUAGGGAAGUAGUUAUAUACCCUCGAGGUCAGGCCUUAAAAACAAUUUCAAGUAUGUCUGCAAAUCUAGAUCCAAUGAUAUAUCCAAUAUUUUUUCCAAGAGGUGAUGCUGGGUGGCAUGAGCAACUAGAGCAUCAUCCUGACCGAGCUACACGUGUUAGAAAUCGGGUUACUUUGUCUCAGUACUACAAUUACAGGCUUUCUGUUAGAGAAACCUUUAAUCCUAUAUUUUAUGGUAAGAAGCUUUUUCAACAGUAUGCUGUUGAUGCAUAUGUCAAGAUUGAAGGUCAGCGCCUUGCUUUUAUUAGAAAUAACCAAAACAGACUUAGAAGUGAACAAUAUGAUACAUUAUAUGAACAUGUAAAUAACGCUGCAAAUAACCUUAAUGUAAGACCAGGUCGUGUUGUUAUACUACCAUCCUCAUAUGUUGGAAGUCCAAGAGCUUUAAAAGAAAAUUUUGAAGAUGCAAUGACAAUUAUAAAGAGAUAUGGCAAACCAGAUCUUUUUAUUACUUUUACCUGCAAUCCAAAAUGGAAAGAAAUUACAGAAAAUUUAAAUCCAGGUGAGAGCCCAUCUGACAGACCUGAUUUAGUUUGUCGUGUAUUUAAGAUGAAACUUAAAUGCUUCCUAGAUGAUAUUUUUAAACACGGAGUCUUAGGUAAAGUUAUAAGUCAUGUACAGGUUAUUGAGUUUCAAAAACGUGGUUUGCCACAUGUACAUAUUUUAUUGCACUUUGUAAAUGAUGAUAAGCUAGAAACCGCAGAGGAUAUUGAUAGUCUAAUAUCAGCUGAAAUUCCAGAUCAAACUGUUGAUCCUGAACUUUUUGAAAAUAUAAAAACAUGUAUGAUUCACGGACCAUGUGGAAUUUUGAAUCCCAAUUUUUCUUGCAUGAAAGAUGGGAUUUGCACAAAAAAGUUUCCUAAAGAAUUUAAUCCUCACACUGUUGCAACUUUCAAUGGCUAUCCUCACUACAGGCGUUUAGAUAAUGGUAGAGUAGUCGUUAUAAAAGGUAACCAAGUUGAUAAUCGAUGUGUUGUACCCUACAACCCUUGGUUAUCUAAAAAAUACCAAGCACAUAUUAAUGUUGAAGCUUGCAUGUCUAUUAAGUCAGUUAAGUAUUUAUAUAAAUAUGUCUAUAAGGGGCAUGAUUGUGCUCAUGUGUUAAUUAAUGAAAGUCUUGACCAUGAUGAAAUUAACACAUAUUUAGAUUGUCGCUUUGUUUCUGCACCAGAGGCUCUUUGGCGAAUAUUUGAGUAUUCCAUAAGAGAAGAACGAGUAGCUAUAGAUCGUGCUGCACAGCGUGACACUCACCUAACCGCUUGGUUUAAAUUAAAUGCUGAGAUAAAUGAAGCACGUCAGUAUUCUUAUGUUGAAAUUCCAUAUCACUUUGUUUUUGAUGGUAAAAAUUGCAAGUGGAAAGUAAGACAAAGAGGCAGUGAUAAGGUGAUUGUGCGAAUGUAUAAAGUCAAUCUAACCAGUGAAGUAUUUUUUCUUAGAUUGUUGCUUUUGCAUGUAAAAGGUGCAAUGUCUUUUGAGGAUUUGCGUACUAUUCAUGGCACUGUUUUUAAUACAUUUCGUGAAGCAUGUUAUCGAUUAGGUCUAUUGCAAGAUGACAUUGAAUGGAGAAAUACAUUAACUGAAGCUGUAGCAACUCGAAUGCCUAAACAAAUUAGGCAACUGUUUUCCAUUAUAUUGACUUUAUGUGAACCUGAUGAUCCUUUACACCUUUGGAAUACAUUUAAAGAUUAUAUGAUUGAGGAUUACAUACACCAUUCAAUGCCAGUUGUACUUGCUGAACAGACUGCUCUUCGUCAAAUUGAAUCUAUAAUUAAUCAGAGUGGUAAAACUUUAACUGAUUAUAAUUUGCCUACAUUAGAUCAGUUAUUAGAUAAUGUCCUAGAAAAUGAUGAUCGAGAUAUUCAGGUAUUUAUUGAUGAAGCAAAUCGAGUUAGACCAUUAUUAAACGAUAAUCAGCGUAAUGUAGCUGAUGCAAUCCUUGCUGCACUUAGUGAAGAACCUAAUAAUGAAAAUAAGCAUUCAAGAUUUUUCUUUAUGGAUGGGCCUGCCGGUUGUGGUAAAACAUUUACUUACAAUUAUUUAAUUGCUGAAACACGCAGCAGGCAUAUUAGAACUGCAACAGCUGCAUGGACAGGAAUAGCUGCAACUCUUCUUAAGAAUGGAUGCACAUUGCACGGCUUAUUCAAACUUCCUGUUCCAAUUUUGGAAACUAGCACAUGUAAUGUAACUCCAAACUCCAUUCAUGGUAGAUUCCUGAGACAAGUUAGUUUAUAUUUACUCGAUGAAGCAUCUAUGAUACCCAAACAUGCUUUGAGUGCCAUUGAUAAGUUAUUACAAGAUAUUUGUAAUAAUAAGUUUCCUUUUGGUGGUAAAGUUAUUCUUAUGGGUGGAGAUUUUCGACAAAUACUUCCAGUUGUGAAGAGAGGUCGACCAGCAGAUGUUGUGGAAUCAUGUAUAAAGUGUUCUGAACAUUGGCAAUAUGUGCAAAGGUUUUCAUUAACUGAAAAUAUGAGGGUUCAGAUAGGAGAAGAGGAAUUUUCUCAAUGGCUUUUAAAGCUUGGAAGUGGAACAUUACCUGUCAAGCCUGAAGAUCCUUUGCAAGGGUGUAUUGAAAUACCUGAGCAGUGUUUUCUCAAUGAUAAUGAAUCUAUUGUGGAAAAGAUUUUUGGUGGUGCAGAAGAAGCUGGUUAUGCAAAACGUGCUAUUUUAACACCAACAAAUGUUGAUUCAUUGGCAAUAAAUGAAGAAGUCCUUCAUCGAUUACCGGGUGAUGUUAAAACUUAUUUAAGUUUAGAUAGCAUUGAAACUGAUGAUCAUAAUGAAAUUUAUAAUUUUCCAGUUGAGUUUUUAAAUACUUUGACUCCAUCAGGUAUGCCUGUUCAUUGCCUAAAGUUGAAAAUUGGUGCUGUUAUAAUGCUACUUAGAAGUUUAGAUCUCAAAGGUGGACUUUGUAAUGGAACACGUUUGAUGGUGCGUGCACUACACAACAAUUACAUUGAUGGUGAGGUUCUAACAGGUGUAUCAGCUGGUAACAGGGUAUUUGUUCCUCGAGUUCAAUUAGCUCCAUCAGAUUCAAAUUUACCUUUUACACUUAAACGUCGUCAAUUUCCAGUUAGUGGUGUUACUUGGCAACGUGUAGUGCAAGAUUGUGAUCCUUGCCAGCCAAGUGGUGUUACUAAUUAG